AAAAAAAACACUAGACAUCACCUACCAACAAAAAGGAAAAAUAUUACAAUGUAGUUACCUGUAUCAUACUAACCAAAAAAUCCAACGACAUAGAUAAACACUUCACGUUUUCCGAUAGUCACCCUUUCUUCGUCUCCGCCGUCUCCUGAACUUGACGUCAUCAUCGCCGCCAUGGGUGCCACUGAACAUGUGGUGGUGGAAGGCGAAAAUAAGGAAGGAAGGAAAGAAGAUGGAAAAGAAAGGGUGGAUGAGGUGGUAGAGCAGGAGAAGGAGGGAGAGAAAUUGGACUUGGAGAAAGGACCAGUUGGAGCUGUUGUUGUCGAAGACAGCAAGGGCUUAGAGAGAUUUGAAGACGAAAGAGACCAUUUUCAUGUCUCAAUGUUGCAGAGGUUGAACCCUACAAAUCCUUUAAGGAUUGUCAUUAAUGGUGGUACUAGAGUUGCUACUCCUUCCCCUUCUCAGUCUUCUCGGUUUCAGCCUACUCCUCCUCCUCCUCGUUCUCAGCCUCGUUCUACACCGACCCCACAACCAUCAGUGACAACGCUGAACUCAAGAAGAUUCACCAACAAACUAGCCCUAUUACUGUACUUGGUGCAUAAGGUUGCGGCUAUAGCACUAGUCUGCUUUCUUAUAUUCAAGGGAAUCCAAGGUCUAAUAGAUGGAUCCAACCCUGCAAAACGAAAAGAGGAAAGGGUUCUUAAAUAUUUGUUGCCACAAGUUGAAGCUGCAUCUUUACUAAGCAUUACUCUUGCAUUUGCUUGGCAAAAGGCUUUGCGGGAAUGGCCUCAAAUCAUGGUUUACUUCAUCCUGUGGUGCACCUUCUUCAUGUCUUUAUCAGCUGGCAUCCUUCUGAUUUGCUUCCAAAAGCCCGCCACAGAUGGUGUUGGGGUUUGCUUUAUUGCCUUUGCAAUUGGUAAUGGUUUGUAUGCUUGUUGGGUCUCCCAGCGAGUCGGUUUUUGUUAUAAAGUGUUGCUGAAAUCACUGGAACCGGUCGACAAAUUCCGUGAUUUGAACCAACCAGCGUAUUGGAUGCUUGGGGCUGGAUUCUUGUGGAUGUCCCUAUGGAUCUUGGCUGUAGUUGGGGCCUUGAAUUUCUACUACCCAGCAUUGGUUAUAAUUGCAUUACUCUUAAGCUUGUGUUGGACAACUGAAGUGAUGAGGAAUGUAGUUAAUUUAACUGUUAGCAGAGUGAUUGCUUUGUAUUAUCUAAGAGGAAUGCAGUCUGACACUCAGUUUUGCUUCCAAAGAGCCUUGACCCGGAAUCUCGGAAGUGCUUGUCUUGGUUCCUUAUUCGUGCCGGCAAUCGAAGCCAUGAGAAUUAUUGCCAGAGGCUUGAAUUUGCUUGAAGGAGAAGAUGAAUUCAUGUUCUCUUGUGCUCAUUGCUGUCUCAACGUUAUGCAAUCCAUCUUCAGAUAUGGAAAUGGAUGGGCAUAUGUACAGAUAGCUGCCUACGGAAAAGGUUUCGUUAGGGCAUCACAAGAUACUUGGGCACUUUUUGAGAGGGAAGAAAUGGAACCCAUCGUAGAUUCUGACAUGAUGAGCGCGAUUUGCUUCCUUACAGGCGUUUGCAGUGGCUCGAUUUGUGUUAUUGUGGUGGCCGCUUGGACUGCUAAAGUCCACCAACCAUUCACUGCCACCAUCUCCCUCCUUGCAUUCUUCAUUGGAUACCUCAUGACGAGGAUCGCAAUGGCAUUGCCCCAUGCAUGUGUGAGCUGUUACUACGUUUGCUAUGCUGAAAAUCCCGAGAACCGAUUGUUUGAUAAAACAAUAAAAGAACGUCUGGAGUUGAUUAAGGCUGGUCGGGAUGUGGUGGUGCCGACACCUCGUGUUCCCCGUCGAUUUACGAGAUAGCCACUGCCGGUGAGAGGUAAAAAGAGACAAAAGUCUACGAUUUUCCUACACAUGUAUAUACAGAAAUUAUGUAGGAAAAUGGGGGCCAUACUUCCAAAAUUUAGCAGGCAAUGGUCAGUUUCAAUGGGGGUGGCAUGGAGACUCAAAUAAGGCCUACUCUCUGAGGUAAAAAUCAAUCCAGGGUGGCCCCGGUGGCUGGCUGGUGACGAAAGGCGAAUUUUGAAUGUAAAAAGUUUAACCAUCAUUGGAGUAUGGAGAGCCCACUGAGAUUCCAGCCUGCAACGCUACAAUGACAAUGCAACUUUUUUAUUUUCGUCAUUUUCUUGGUUGUAUUAUUAAUGAUAAUAAUAGUAAUUAUUUUUUCUGCAUAUACGUUUAGGAUACCACGUUAAAAAUGAUCCAAUUAAUUUAUUACUUUCCCA